GCGUUAUCGUACGAGGUUUAUCGACUCGCGGGGAGCGUAAAAGAGGAUUGCAGGUGCCGAGCGGCGAAAGCAUAAUAGAAUACUCCGGUCGCAGUUGCGACAGCCACGUAAUUUACGUCAACGUCAUAAUAGAGGCCAGAAAAGGGAGCGAGCGAGCGAGCGAGAGAGAGAGAGAAAGAGAGAGAACGAUACAACUCGGACGCGUUUUCCGCAUUCGCGCUCGCUCGCAGAAAUAUCGACAGGCACAUAUGCAGGCGCCGUGCACCGCCGUGCGCAACGUAACCGCGAACGCCCGUUCGUAAUGAGACUCCCGCACCGCGUCGGAAAGGUGGAAACGUAGCGGGAAACGGGAGGGUAAAAAAAGAAGAAGCAGACGAGAGAGAGACCGGUCUGGACUCUGGUCUUUCGCAUUCCAUCCUCGGCCCGACCGAAGCGGAGCGACAAUGACAACACCCAUGUGCGAGGACGGUGGACCGUUGAGAGAGUGGGCGCCGCUCGCCGUCCUCCUGCAGCAGAUCCCCGCCAAGAUACAAAACGGCAUUUUCACGCAGGACAUCAGCUUCACCUGCAUCGACGCCCUCACCGAGUUCAUCGCCAUCGGCACCAAUCACGGGCUCGUUUACUGGUACAACAGGGAGAAGCAGGAUCUGCAGAGGCUGCAUUGCGAGAACGUCAACUCCAAGAUCACGAGCGUGCAGGUCAUCUCCACGGUCGACUACAUGGUCGCGGCGGGCAGUGAGCAUGGCGUCGUGACGGUGUUUCAAAUUCCCAAGAACCCGCCGGACUCGCUGCCGAACAGCUUGAAGCCGAAGCAGAAGAAACAGGUGGAGAGGUACAGUAUAAGCGGCCUGCAUAAUACCGCAGUGACGGCAGUGGAGUGGUCCAAGAACGGUAUGAAGUUGUUCAGUGGCGACAAAGACGGUUUAGUAGUUUUAACGGAGAUCGUUUUUGAUAUGCAUUUAUCGAAAUCAUCGAAACUGUUGAACGAGAAGUAUUCUGUGGUACAGUUGAGCUACCAGCUGGGCUUGCUGCUGGUUUCCACAACGUUGCGCACAAUUUUAGUCAACAGAAAUGAAAAUGGGAAGGUGACGCAAGUCGGCCAGAAAGAACGUAAAACAUUAGGCAAGCUAGGAGCGGUGUUCGGUUCUCGGCAAAAUUCAGUGCGAGAGCCGGUAGUCUAUGCAAGUAGGCCAGGAUUACGUUUAUGGCAAGCUGAUAAGAUUGGUACUGUACUGAAAACGCUCAUAUUUAAGGAUGCGGUUAGAUCGGGUCAUACGGAGGUGGAGUUGUUAAACCCCGCGCCCGAAGGAUCGAGGAAGAAUCGCGGCGAGCCUUCGUUCGGCAUCGUGUUACCGUUUUGUGAUGAUUUAUUAGUAACGUACUGUGAUGACGUAGUCUACGUAGUAAAUCCAAAUACCAUUGCAAUAACAUCGAUCGUAAACGACUUACGGCGCGUCACCGAUGUGGCCUGCACUAAAGACGAAAUAUUUAUACUGGAGGGAGAGAGAAAUAUUUUGCGAAUUUCCUAUUAUCCGGAAAAUGAUAUUUUUGCAGAAGAAAUGAGGCAGACAUUGGAUCCUUUGAUGUCGUUCGCGGAAUACAGUAAACCUGUUGCCAAUGGUAUACUAGAACUGACAUCGAAAUUAAAGGAAAGUAGUAUAGUGCCAGCUAUUCCCUUUCCCAAAAUCAACCCAACCAACAUUAUUCAGUCUGUAGGCAUCGUAUCGAUUGUUACCGCCGGUACCGACGUCAAUGCGAUUACAAACGCGGAAGAAGCUGUGGAAGUGCCGCCAGUAGUUCCAAUAGACUUGAAUACUACGCUCAUAACUGAUAUCAACAAAAUACCGGAAUACAAUGAUAGUAACAGAGCGAGAAACGCGGAAGACGCGAGGUGCAACGAUCGCCGAGAGAUAUUUCAGAGAAUUGGCCAGCAGGAAUUCGAGGACGUAGUUUUCACGCCUGAGAGGAAGCAAAAGAAAUCUCGGAAUAAAAUAGCGAACGGAAGCGAGAUGCCGGACGGCAACGCCGGUCAUUUGUCGAGCGGUCUAAGCACCGAUCACGUGAACGCCAACAAGACGACGACGACCCAUUCCUCUUUAAUGCAAUUGAGCAUCGACGAUGAUUUUAUAUUGAAGUCAGAUCGUGAUUUAGAAACGAUUCAACGAGACGUGGAGAACAAGGAGAAAUUGUUGGCGGACGUCCUGGAUUUUGAUUUGUCCAAAUACAUGACGAGCAGUCGAAUAGACAGGGAUGAUUCGAGCAUAUCAAAUCGCAUGGACACCAUAACGUGCAUCAAUUGUAACGUACAUUCCAACAGUGUGGCGAACGGAGAGGAACCGAUUGCGAGCGAGGAAAACGAAAAUGUCGAACAGAGCGAUCACACGGGGACCGAAUCGGGGGAGGAAGAUGUUAGUUAUCAUACCGAAUUAAAGCGGUUAGAGGAUCUCGGGGAGUGCAGGAAGACCCUUUUACUAAGUAAACUGGAUGAUACGCCACUAGCCGGUAAUAAUUUCGUCAAUCUUCGACAGGAGCCGCUCACGAAUCGAGACGAGUUAGAACAUCAAUUUAACGCUUUGGCAAAGGAAUGCGCCACAUCCACUGUUCUCGAGGAGGAGGAAGAUUGGGUUUUGGUCAAGGAUGAUAUACCAUCGAUUACGUUUUAAGCAGACGUCGUGCGUAGUAGUUACCUCGCGUCUUGUACAUAUGUUAAUAUAUUAUUAAAUUAUUAGAAAAUUACGAGAUGCACACGAAAGGCUUUGAAAUAACGAGUAGAUUCUUUUAUUACGAAUCUUUCUUAUAUAGGGCAUGUUUCAUUGAUCGUGAAAGGAUUAAACUUCUAUUCUGUUGUCGACAUAUUCAUAAUCAGACGAGAUUAAAAUGUUGUAUAUAUGUGCAAUAUCAGGCAAUGAAAUUAAUUAUUGUUGAAGUCCUGGGGCUCGAUUCUUGAAUUCAUUCGAAGGAGAAAAUUCGGCCCCGACAGAAAAGUUGAAGGUGGAUUGGUUAAAAGCCAUGCGAAUAGCCAGUCAACCUGCAACCUUUCUGCAAGAGCAGAUAUUUCGCAUACGUUUCCCCUUCGAAUGACUUCAAGAAUCGAGCCCCUGAGGUGUGCAAUUACGAUCGUUGUCAUUAGCCAACGAAUUGCAUUUCGCAAAUGUUAUCAAAAUUGGAAUAUAAUACUAGUCACUCCGUUUGGAUUUUAGCAUAAUAAUUAAUGUGUUUUAAUUAUUAAUUAUAUGUUGUAAUUAUUGAUAUAUUUGUGAUUAAUGAAUGUAACCUUUUAUGAAUCGAAUAUUUUGUUAAAUAUAGUUGCAUCAAUUCCGUUAUUUGAUGUAAUAUCUAAAUUCAGUAGAUUGCCUAGAUUUACAAUUCGUUGAUACGUACACUAUGUACUUAUAUUUUACUAUUUUGGAAAAGUUCUGCAUAAUGCAAUUCUCAGGUAUAUAAUAUUUAACACAUUUUGCAUAAUCAAAUAGUAUUUUUACAUGUUUCACGCCUAUAGAGCACACGAAGAUAUACCACUGGUAUGGUAUAUCGCUAUUACCCAACAUUUUAUUAUGAGUUGUUACAAUUUUUGUCUUGUAAUUUUCUAAGUUUUUUUUCAGACAAAUAGUGAUCUUCAUGACACUAGGCUUAAUUUUUUUUUAUCUACUAGUAGCUACUUAUCGCUUGUCUGCCUCUAGUUUGUGGUCCACUUCUGUUUACGGGUGACAGGAAAACAGAAAGAUUAUACGACACGUGAGAACGUAUUGCGUUACGUCGCUCUAAAGUAUAUCACUUUGCCGCGCAUUAAUACGAAUAUGCAAGAUACGAAAAAGUUACAUACAAAUGAUUGUUAACGAGCAGUUAUGUAACUGUAUCAAAUGAUUGAUGCUUUAUCAACUAUGAAAUAAUAAAGUCACAGUCUCGAAGUUGAA